AUGGGCGCGCAUGAAGCUCAUCGGGACAGAGUUUCCUAGUGUGUUUAUGACGCUAGCACCAUUUGGAAAAACCGGCCUCGCAGCCGUCUCGGACGCCUCUUAGGCCGCUGAAGACCUACGGGCAGGUUUACGGAGAAAAUCCUGGGCGUGAAAAACAGGAGUCGAGGAGGCGCAUUUACCUCGGCGCUAGUUGUACUCAUCGCAGCGUGACUCUUUCAACGUUCCGACCGUUCGCGCCCCCCCGCGGCGGACUCAGUGCUUCACUCUAAAAGUUUCGCAAGCUGAAUACGUCGGAAAGACUUAGCGCUUAUGCGCCGUCGUCGACGGCAGCAACGGCUUCGACUUCGGCGACGCGUCGUCGUGCGUCUGCUUCGACGGCGCCGUGCCCGACGGCACCGAGGUCACGCUCACGCCCUACGACGACUGCGCGCGCGUCGCCGGCAACGAGCUCUACGUCUACGCCGACGACGGCGACGACAUUGUGGAGGCCGUCGGCGACUACAUCUAUUUGGACGGCGGCUGGGGCGACGACACGCUCGCCGCGUCGGGCGGCUACAACUACGUCGUCGGCCAGGGCGGCGUCGACACGUGCUUCAACGGCGGCGAGGGCGGCUGCACGUGCGAGAUCAAGGACUGCGGCGACGAGGACGAACCGUUGGCCGCGGUCGCGCCCUAG